UUAUGAUCCACCACCUCCCGUCGAUGAACCUGAAGACUAUUGGGUGGAUUUAAGGCCUAGAUGGAAGCUGGGUGAAAUUUGUCGAGAAACAUCCUCGGGAAGGCCAAAAAAGUCUGCUUUGAAUGCAUCAUAACAGUAAGAGGGUUUGAACUCAUGCUGAGCGUGGCUACCUCCGCGAAUCCUUUCAGCCCACAUCUCCAGGCAAGGCAGGUGAGAGCAAUGGCGCUGAGUUCGAAAAUAAAGGAAGAAGAGAACUUGGAACGAGCCCAAGUUUCUGUGAGCAAGGAUGUCGCUGCAACGCUGGUUUCCAAGGCGCUCACCUGGGCCUCUCUGAAUGGCCUCGUCAUUGGUGAUAGAUCGAUCGAGGGCUCUGUAAAUCCAGGUGUUGGAAUUGUUCAUGCACCGGUUGCGCUUCUUCCUUCUCCCUUUCCCGAGGCUCUCUUCCAGCAAGCUCUCAACCUUGGAUCGCAUUUUAACACGCUCGUUGAUCGUGUGAGCUCCGACAGUGAUUUUCUUGAGCAAACACUCGCAAAGACACGUACUGCUGAUCCUUUCACGGACAAACUGCUCGACAUUCACUCGAAAAUUCGAGCUGAAGGCAUUGUGCAAAACAUACAACUUGGAAUGCAUCGGUCGGACUAUAUGCGAGAUAUGGUCACAGGCAAGCUGUUACAGGUUGAGAUAAACACCAUCUCUUCUUCUUUCGCUGGCCUUGGUUCACUUGUAAGCCAGCUGCACAGGGACGUCAUUAAAAGAGUCGAGCAUCUUGACCCCGGAAAAGUUCCCGAGAACAACGCAGCUGUUGCAUUUGGUGAUGUCUUGGGACUUGCUUGGAAGGAAUUUGGGAACACGAGCGCAGCUGUGCUCGUUGUUGUACAACCAAACGAGCGGAAUAUGUAUGAUCAGUUCUGGCUGGAAAAAUAUCUUCACGAGCUUCACGGUGCCAAUGUGAUUCGUCGAACGCUAAGUGAACUUUAUUCUCAAGCGCAUCUAUCUUCCAAUGGAACGCUUUCUGUUGAUGGGCAUCCUGUCGCGGUCAUCUACUACAGAUCAGGCUACGCACCCACUGAUUAUCCUUCCGAGCGGGAAUGGCACGCGAGAUUGCUGCUGGAGCGUUCCUCGGCCAUAAAAUGUCCAUCGAUCUCAUACCACUUAGCUGGAACCAAAAAAGUGCAACAAGAGCUUGCCAAGCCGAAUGUACUAGAAAGGUUUGUUCAAGACAAAAACGCCGCGAAGAUCAUUCGUGAGUGCUUUGCGGGGCUGUGGGGCCUCGACAGCGAAGAGUGUCACGACAUCAUCAACAAAGCCAUCCAGCAGCCCGAGCUAUUUGUUCUAAAGCCUCAACGCGAAGGCGGUGGAAACAACAUCUAUGGCAGCGCUGUGAAAGCGAAGCUCGAAGAGCUACUGAGAGACGGAGGAGCCGGGCUUUCGGCUUAUAUCCUCAUGCAGCGCAUCUUCCCACCGACGUACACGUCCUAUCUCCUGCGAGGAGGCGAAUGGAGCGCCGAGCAAGCAGUCUCGGAGCUGGGAAUCUUUAGCGCAUACUUGAGGAAUGGCGAAAGAGAAAUCACCAACAAGGAUUGUGGCUACUUGCUGAGAACAAAAGCCUCGAAAGUAGACGAGGGAGGCGUAGCCACUGGCUUCGCUGUUCUUGAUAGCGUGUAUCUCUUGUAGGAACUCGCUCUCUCUCUUGGAAUCAUGUUAAUUUGGCUUAAAUUACACAUUGUUUUGAAAUUUGAUCUGGAA